GAGGAUGUAAGAAAGUGCUUGGAGAUGUAAAAAUGGUUACGUGUUUUACACAGUGCAACUUUGACGUCUAAUCUGCAAUCGUAACAGACCAGAUUCAAUCACGAAAAAGAUAAAGAGUAUGCAAACCACAAAGAAAUUGAGAAGACGAGCGAAGUCCACAUACUACAGAGCUAGUCAAUGCUCAGAGUCUACAGUAUCUAUGUCUCGUAACAUGGAUUAUUCCUACUGAAGAAGUGGACGAAUGAAUGACCUAUGGGUUUCUCCAGGUGGGAGCUUGGAAGAUGCUCAUUCACUUUUUAUUUCGUACUUGCAGCCCUAAAUUUACUUCCCUAAGUCUCGAGUCUUCUCUUCUACAAACCCCAAUUUCUGAGCAGAGAACAAGGCUGAGAUCAAAACGAAAAUAUCAUUAUGGCUGAAAUGGUGGGAGGGGCGGUGCUAGGCACUGUGGUCGACGUAGGGGCUCUCGACGGUGGAGAGGGGGUUAGAAUGGCGGAGAAAUCUUUAAACACAGAUCUGGUGGGAGUGAGGCCAACUAGCCGUAGACCAGUAGGUGAUGAGCAGGCUGGUGACGAGCAGAUUAUUGAGGCACGUGCUAUAACUGAAAGGGGAGACAGCUUUAGGUCAAGUGACCCUGGGAUUGAUCUGGUGGAAGUGAGGCCAACUAGCCGUAGACCAGUGGGUGAUGAGCAGGUUGUUGACGAGCAUUUUAUUGAGGCACGUGCUAUAACUGAAAGGGCUUUUUCAGGCGACCCUGGAAAAGACCAUUUGCCCACAGGGCCUUCAACAUCUGUCCGAUACAUUCAGCAAUUUGCUCAUUGGGCUUCUACAUUCAACUGGGGUGCCGUAGUGCUUAUCCUUGGAAGUUAUGGAUUGUUGCUGUCUAAUCCUCUGUUUUGGCUGUGCUGGAGUAUCCUCGUCACAAAGGCUGUGAUUUAUUACUCCAUACAACCUUACUGGGAGUGGAUUGAAGAUUCCACACGAACAACAGAUGAAUCAGAGGGCACUAGAAAGCCUCAUCGAUUCUCUGAUCAUGGCGGAGCAGGAGCCAUUAUUCUCAAGGUAGGGAUGAGCAUUGCCCUCAUUAUCCUUAUUUUACAUAGUGAGGACAUCACACAAAGACAAAAUACAGUACUCUUGAUUGUUGCAGCUUCAAUUAUUUUAUUCGAAGGAUUUAUGCCACUUUUAGUUGGAAGAGAGGAAUUGAGUUUAUGGAGGAAUCCAUUGAACAAUAUUACAGAAGAUCAAAAGUGGAAAGCUUUAAUUUUCUUUACUCCGUCUGCUAUACAUGCAAUAAUUUUUACGACAGGACCAAUUGUCCUCGGAGGAGACUUGGGCCAACUAAUGCGUAAGGAAGCCUUCUGGGGUUUCGGUUUUAUAUUUCUGGUAGAUCUCCUGGCAGAGGUUAUUCGUAGAUUUGGUAGUGGAAGGCACUCUCCAUCUGUUAUGGCAGAGAAUUUGCCAAAAAACCACUAUGUUGCUGUCAUUUUGCGACUGGUUGUUGAAGGGUGUUUGUGUUGCUGGAUGACUAAAGAGAUAUGUCAAGAGGCUUAUUUUUCUUCGCAUUUGGCAAGUGAUGUCUGUAACAGACUAUGUCGAGAGAGAAGCAAGCAACUGCUCAUCACCAUGGUAGCUCUGGGAGGCCUCCAAGCGACGGGGACUUUCAUCGCUCCUUUAUGUUCUUGUCUUCUUGGUCCUCGUGAUGUCCCCAAUAAAAUGUUAUGAUAGAAGUGUUUUUGGUCUU